CUACGUCAUUACUCAUGUGACCUCCGACUCCGGGCGAGCAAAAACAGCACUGCAGUCAAAAUGUUUUUACAGACCAGCGAAGAAAAGCAGUCCUUCUAAAUGUUCAUUUUCAGUUAGGAAACUUACUACUAACACCAAGCACUUACACACACAAGGACACGCCAUGGUUGAGUGAUUCCACUCUUCUUCGCACCUCCGUGCUGAGUAGGCCAUGGCGCCACCGAAUGGCAGCUACUCCAUCAACACUGCACCGUCGGAUGAGAGUGAAGACAACGAGCCGCUCAUCCAAGAUGUCACAAUUCCCCCGCGGUGUUGCUCGGCUCGCUUCAACUUGGCCAUCCUGAUGUUCUUUGGUAUUGCUGUAGUCUACGGGCUGCGCGUGAACCUCAGCGUGGCCAUGGUUGCCAUGGUGAACACCAGCGAGCCGGUACCGGGGCCUAACAGGUCCGUGGUGCACACAUGUCCGCUCCCCUCUGGCUCGGAGAACACUAGCCGGACGUUUGAGCAGCCUGACGGAACACCGCAAUACCCGUGGGACGCAGAGACCCAGGGCUGGCUGCUUGGGGCCUUUUUCUUCGGCUACCUAUGUACGCAGAUCCCAGGUGGGUACCUGGCGGGACAGUACGGAGGCAGCGUCUUCCUGGGUUUGGGGGUGCUGGGCACAGCCGCCCUAACAAUCCUCACACCUCUGGCGGCAAAGUGGGGACCUGCCUGGUUGUUUGCCCUGCGAGCAUUGGAGGGGCUGGGCGAGGGUGUGACAUUUCCAGCCAUGAUGUCGAUGUGGGCACGCUGGGCUCCACCCUUGGAGCGCUCUCGUCUGAUCUCGCUCUCAGGCAACGGCGCAAAUUUUGGUGCAUUUCUAGCCAUGCCGCUCACCGGGUACAUCUGCCAAGCACUGGGAUGGCCCGCGGUCUUCUACCUCUGUGGGGGUGCCGGGUGCCUCUGGGCUGUUCUUUGGUUCCUCCUGGUGUCGGACGACCCCCGCACCCAUCGGCGAAUCAGCAAAGAGGAAAGAGAUUACAUCGUCAACUCUCUUGGGCAGCAGGGCAGCGGUCAUGGCUGGUCCGUGCCGUUGUUAAGCAUGGUAACAUCAGUGCCGCUGUGGGCCAUCAUCAUCACGCAGAUGUGCUCCAACUGGUCCUUCUACACGCAACUCACCUCCCUGCCCACCUACAUGAACAACAUGCUGCACUUUGACCUCAAAUCGAACGGCUUCCUUUCAGCCUUGCCCUACCUGGCGGCGUGGGUGUGCUCCACAUCUACUGGCUUCUUGGCAGAUCACCUCAUCGAGAGGAAAGUGUUUAGCGUCACUACCGUGCGCAAACUCUUCACGCUCACAGGCAUGCUGUUUCCUGCCAGCUUCCUCCUUGCGGUGGCGUACUCAGGCUGUAGCCACGCGCUGACCAUCAUCUUUUUCACACUCACGUCAGCCACCGGGGGCACCAGCGGAGCUGGAGUUUUCAUGAACCAGAUCGACAUUGCGCCACGGUACGCAGGGUUUCUCCUGGGAAUCACCAACACAUUCGGAACCAUCCCCGGUGUCAUUGCACCUAUUGUGACAGGAUAUUUCACUGAGGAUCACACCAUGGAUGGCUGGAGGAAAGUCUUCUGGGUUUCAGCUGGCGUAAACGUGGCCGCCGCCAUCUUCUACACGCUGUUUGGAACCGGAGAGGUCCAACCAUGGGCCAUCGCUGACGAGGAAGGCGAUACAGACGAGGACAAGAGGACCAGGUCCGUGUCCGCAUAAUUGGAGGAAAUUCUGCACUUUUACAAAAGCAGUUGCAUUUAGGUUCACACUUAAAAACUUUACAGUGUAUUCAGGAUUUUUAAUUACUUUUUUAUGGUUAGGCUUGGGUGGGUUCUGUCUUAAAGGCAAAUAAUUGCCUUCAAUGUUACAAUCAAUGAACAUUCCUGAAAUUUCUUGUAAAUUGGACAGCUUAUUUUACAAAUGUGUUUAAAUUGUUGUUUUCUAAAGAAAGUUACGAUAAAUAAGCAGUUGUAUGGGAUCACUGAUAAAAUCUGUGGACCAAAUAAAGCACUUUUUAUGUAUAAAAAAAACAAAACACCACAAGCCUUACAGUGUUACAAAAGACUAUGCAUUAUGGCGACAGUAAUUAUUUGUUUUUUAGAAACAUGUGAAGUAUUAUGAAAGCACAUUUGGAUAUUUAUUUGACCUGGCUGUGCCACGUUUUAAACACCAUUUACUGUACUUGUAUCUUUUUACAUGAUAAGAGGUCUUAAAACGCACAGAAUUUAAAUUCAAAUUAAAAGAGUUCAACAUCUCCUCAAAUUUACAAUU